AUGUGUGACAUGAAGCCCAAAGCCAGGUUCAUCGAACGAGCGCUGGAAAUGCUUGUUGAGCGACCCGAAGGAGCAUUGGUGGUAAUGUUUCAUCAUGACGAGACCCUACACCUCGAGGGAUUAGUGUGCCAUCGAACGGCUUCUUUCCCUACCGGGGCUGUGUGUGUGGCAGAUGACGACGAGGUGUUGGACUCUUUCGCUCCUUUCAUGACGGAAUUUGUCAUGCAGGAUGUGGAGGCGGAAAUGGCUAUCCGGGUUGAAUGGCGGAACGUUUGCCGCGCUUUAGGCCGUCGUGAGGAGGCCCACCCAGAUCGUCUCAUAUUCAACUCGCCCAACAUCAUGGUGGCUUUCACCCACGAUGCGACCGCGUUACCGGAGCUGACGGCGCAGGUGCCGUUGUUAGAGGGAGACAAACCGGUUAAGAACUGGGAGGCUCGCCUUCACUAUCCCGCCUCGAUUGUUAGGCCGACAGAGGUCCGACACAUUCAACAUUGCGUUCAAUGGGCUCUCAAGCACGGUGUCAGCCUGGCCGUCGUUGGUGGGGGUCACAGCGGUCAUUGCCUACGUUCCAACGUCGUUUCCGUCGAUAUGGGCGCCUUUGACAAGGUGCAUGUUCUCACGGCCGAGGACGGUGGACAAGAAUCUGGUCCGGAUUCUGUUGCCCUGAUUGUCGCCGAGGCCGGCUGUAAGACGGGCGAUAUUGUUCGCAAGACCAUGGCGGCGGGCCUGACCGUGCCCUUAGGGGCCCGUCCAAGCGUGGGCGCGGGGCUAUGGCUACAAGGCGGCAUCGGGCAUCUGGCUAGGAUGUACGGGCUCACAUGCGACUCCAUAAUCGGUGCUGUGAUGGUCAGCGUCGGCUCUGGCCAGGCCCUUUGUAUUGGCUGUGUACCAAGUGAACACUGGCCGGCCGGUGCUGUGUGCCCAACAAACGAAACUGAUCUGUUAUGGGCAAUAAAAGGAGCUGGCACCAAUUUUGGCAUCGUAGUCAGCGUUACUUUCAAGGCUUAUGCGGCUCCUGUUUUCUCGGCUCGCAACUGGGUUGUCCCGCUGAGUGAUAACCUCGAGGCGCGGCGCAGGCUUCAAGAUUUCGAUGACUUGGUCGCCGGUAAGCUCCCCCAAGAAUGUUCUGCAGAUGCGUAUCUGUACUGGGACAUGGGGAAGCUGCGUCUUGGGGUGACCUUAUUUGAGUCUUCCACGACUGGGCUCACUUCUGAAACACCCACGUCGACAGACGCACCCAUAGAAACAAUUCUCGGGCCAGAAGGCAAUUUUCAGGUGGUGGACGGUGUCGGUUUAUUCGAGACCGAGAUGUACAUGUCCCGAAUGGACGGUGGCCACGCCAGUAGCAAGACCUCAUCGUUCAAGCGAUGCUUAUUCCUGACCCGCAUUGGAGCACCGAAUAUCGCCAAAAUCUUGGUGACAGCCAUUGAGACUCGUCCCUCGCCACUCUCUUAUCUCUAUCUACUACAAGGUGGUAGAGUUAUCGGUGAUGUUCCAGCCGAUGCGACUGCUUUCGGUUGUCGAGACUGGGAGUUUGCCUGCGUGGUAACUGGCGUCUGGCCGCGCGACCAAGAUGGGUCCGAAAUUGCUCGAACUGCAGUACAGUGGGUGUACAACGUCGCUAGUAACUUAUUGCCUGUGAGUAGCGGAGUUUACGGCGCAGACCUUGGACCUGACCCCAGAGACACCGCACUAGCGGCCAAGACCUUUGGGCCAAACCUGCUACGCCUGGCUCGCCUUAAGCACAUAUCAGACCCGCUCAAUGUGCUGGCUUACGCCUGCCCACUUCCGAAAACGCCAAUUAAACAGAAGCUCAUUGUUCUUGUCACUGGUGAAAGCUGCGCCGGCAAGGACCAUUGCGCCGAAAUCUGGGUCUCUGCAUUCCUCACUUGUAGCCGCAAAAGCCUCAUUGCGCGCGUAGUCAGCAUUAGCGAUGAGACCAAGCGAGAAUACGCGGAGGCCACUGGUGCCGACUUCAACCGCCUCCUUCGAGACCGUCUCUACAAAGAGCGACACCGGGCAGCAUUAACAACAUUCUUCCAGGGCCAAGUACAGUAUCGACCUCGGCUGCCAGAGGAGCAUUUUCUCAGUGUGGUAUACGGCGCUAGAGACGUGGAUGUGCUGCUAAUCACCGGGAUGAGAGAUGAGGCGCCAGUCGCAGUCUUCUCGCAUUUGGUCUCACACAGCAGACUGAUCGAUGUUCGCAUCAAUGCCAGUAAAGAGACGCGGCGUGCUCGCCAAGGCCACCGCGGUCUCAAUGCUGAGGGUAACGACACCAAUGACAACAAUGAUCGCAGACCAAAACUGAAGUCCUUGAACUAUCGGCCCAGUCUCAUCUUCAACAAUGACGCGACCGGAAACGAGACAGUGAAAAGGUUUGCCGAUGACUGCCUGCUUCCCUUCCUCAAUGAAGACCUUCAGCAACUAGCCAACAUGGUGCGUCCAGUGCCCAAUUUUCCACACCCGGGCGUCAAGUUUCGCCAUGUACUCAACAUCUCCCAGCAGCCGGGUGGGCUAGCCCUGUGCACAUCUCUGCUACAGACUCACUUCACCGGGGACUGGGCCAAAGUCGAUAUGAUAGUAUCUUGCGAGACUGGUGGCUUCAUCUAUGCGUCGGUUCUAGCCUUGCAAGUCGAUGUACCCUUGGCGCUAAUUCGUGAGGCUGGGAAACUCCCCCCACCCACUGUUUCCGUGCCCAAGAGUACAUCUCAUAUCUCUUCGACAUCCAAUCCAAACGAGAAGAGGAUCGAGAUAGAACGAGAUUUGAUACCCAGAGGCGCGUCGGUAGUAGUGGUGGAUGAUGUACUCGCUUCAGGUAAUACACUUUGUGCAGUGCUCCAGCUUUUAGGUGAAGUUGGCAUCGCUGAUGUCAGCAUCAUGGUCGUGGCCGAGUUCCCUUUUCAUCGCGGCCGGGAACUGUUGCGCCAGCAUGGGUUUGGUGUCAAUAUUCAAAGCCUUUUGGUCUUUGAUGGUGCUUAG